UCGCGGCGCGCUGCUAUUGGUCGAGCCCGUCGCGGGCUUCGCGCGAAUUCGUCCGACUCGGAUCAGUGCAGUUUAGUGCUUGCUCGAUUAAGGAUUAACUCACGCCACACCGUAACGAAUAAGUAACUUGGACGAUUUUACAAGAAAUAAUGGGUGGGUUUCAACAGAGGACCUGGACACCAACCAAGAGAAGAGGUCCCAUCGCUGCUGAGUUCACUGGUCCUGGUCCAGCAUGUGUCACUUUGCCUAGUUUAGUCGGUUCUGGAACAACCCCUGAUUCGAAGAAAGGACGAGCUCCAGCUUUUAGUUUUGGUAGCAGGCACAGUGGAAAAAAUGAUAGCAUCGGGCCUGGCCCAGGGCAGUACAAUAUAACUGGACUAAGCGCUAAAGGCAAAGACACCCCACCUGCUGCAACCCUCCACUCUCGACCGAAAGAAACGAAAAUAGAAAAUUUUCCUGCUCCAGGAGACUACAAUCCCGAAAAAUCAGAGAAAGUCAUUGCUGACAGUUCUCCAAAGUACACUUUUGGAUUGAAGACUAGUGUAGACAAGCCGAACACAACUCCAGCCCCUGGUGAUUAUAAUCCUGAUAAAUCUAUCAAGGUCCUCCAGGAGAAUUCGCCACAAUACUCCUUCGGUUCAAAGCCACCCUCUGAAAAACCAGUGAUAACACCAGGUUCAGGCGCCUACAAUCCAGAAAAAUAUUUUGAAGCAAUUGAUCACAGGCCUCAAUAUUCUUUUGGCACAAGGACUCCAAUUGAAAAACCUGUAGACACCCCAGCACCCGGCGCAUACAAUCCUGAAAAAUGUUUUGAGGCAUUAGACCACAAACCCCAGUACUCAUUCGGCAGUAGAACACCAAUUGAAAAACCCAAGGAUACUCCUGCUCCUGGUAGUUAUAAUCCGGAAAAAUUCUACGAAGCAGUGGAUCACAAACCGCAGUACUCUUUUGGAACAAGGACACCCAUCGAAAAGCCCCUCAAUACCCCAGCUCCUGGUAGUUAUAAUCCACAAAAAUAUUUUGAAGCAGUGGACCACAGCCCACAGUAUUCUUUUGGCACCAGAACGCCUAUUGAAAAACCUGUUGACACUCCUGCACCUGGUGCAUACAAUCCCGAAAAAAGUUUUGAAGCUUUAGAUCAUAAGCCCCAAUAUUCCUUCGGAACUCGUACCCCCAUCGAAAAACCUUUAGAUACACCUGCUCCAGGAUCAUAUAACCCUGAAAAAUUUUAUGAAGCAGUCGACCACAAGCCACAGUACUCUUUUGGAACAAGAACACCCAUUGAAAAACCCUUGGAUACCCCAGCUCCUGGUGCGUAUAAUCCCGAUAAAAGUUUUGAAGCAUUAGAUCACAAGCCACAGUACUCCUUUGGCACUAGAACACCAAUUGAGAAACCAAAAGAUACACCAGCUCCCGGAAGUUACAAUCCAGAAAAAUAUUUUGAAGCGGUAGACCAUAAACCUCAAUAUUCUUUUGGUACUCGGACGCCAAUUGAAAAACCUGUAGAUACUCCUGCGCCUGGGGCAUAUAACCCUGAAAAAAGUUUUGAAGCCUUAGAUCAUAAGCCUCAAUACUCGUUUGGAACUCGCACACCAAUCGAAAAGCCCUUAGACACACCUGCUCCAGGAUCUUAUAACCCUGAAAAAUUCUAUGAGGCUGUCGAUCACAAGCCACAAUACUCCUUUGGAACAAGAACACCUAUUGAAAAGCCACUCAAUACCCCAGCUCCUGGUACCUAUAACCCUGAUAAAUGUUAUGAAGCAUUAGAUCACAAGCCACAGUACUCGUUCGGGCAAAGGACACCGAUAGAAAAACCUAAAGACACACCAGCACCUGGUAGUUAUAAUCCAGAAAAAUAUUUUGAAGCUGUAGACCAUAAACCUCAAUACUCUUUUGGUACUCGUACGCCAAUUGAAAAACCUUUAGAUACACCAGCACCUGGUAGUUAUAAUCCAGAAAAAUAUUUUGAAGCGGUAGACCAUAAACCUCAAUACUCUUUUGGUACGCGUACGCCAAUUGAAAAACCUUUAGAUACACCAGCGCCUGGUUCCUAUAACCCCGAAAAGAGUUUCGAAGCAUUAGAUCAUAAACCUCAGUAUUCUUUUGGUACUAGAACGCCAAUUGAAAAACCUUUAGACACUCCAGCUCCUGGAACUUACAAUCCUGAGAAAUUCUACGAAGCUGUAGAUCAUAAACCUCAGUAUUCUUUUGGUACUAGAACUCCUAUUGAAAAGCCGAAAGACACACCUGCACCUGGGAGCUAUAAUCCCGAGAAAUUCUAUGAAGCUGUCGAUCAUAAGCCUCAAUAUUCUUUUGGUACUAGAACUCCGAUUGAGAAACCAAAAGACACCCCAGCUCCAGGUAGUUACAACCCUGAGAAAUUCUAUGAGGCAGUAGAUCAUACACCACAGUAUUCGUUUGGAACAAGAACUAAUUUAGAAAAGCCUGUUGACACUCCGGCUCCGGGAGCUUACAAUCCAGAGAAAUUUUAUGAGGCUGUUGAUCACAAACCUCAGUACUCAUUUGGAACGAGAACACCUUUGGAAAAGCCAAAAGACACUCCAGCACCUGGCUCAUAUAACCCGGAAAAAUUCUUUGAAGCAGUAGACCACAAACCUCAAUACUCUUUUGGUCUCAGAACUUCAAUUGAAAAACCUCUUAACACGCCAGCACCUGGGACGUACUGCCCUGAAAAAAGUUACGAAGCAUUUGAUCACACAAUCCAGUAUUCUUUCGGUCUCAAGACUCAAAUAGAAAAACCAUUAAAUACACCAGGUCCUGGAACAUACAACAAUGCUAACGCUGAUAGUAUCAAACCCAAGUCGCCUGCCUACUCUGUGAGCUCAAGGUACCAAAUGCCCGGAGACACAACACCGAAGCCUGGCCCUGGUGCUUAUUCGCCAGAAAAAGUGCAACUAGAUCUUCCGCCAGCUCAUACCUUUGGCAUACGGCACUCUCCUUACAUCGGAAGUCUCAGAGAGGAAGUCCACUGAUAUUUCGAAAAUAUGCUGAUGAAAAGCAAGAAAAAAAGGAGCAAGCCACUGCAAUCACUGUUGUUAUUGUUAAGUUAUUUAUUUCAAAUUUUAAUGUGUAAAGUUUUAAUUAUGUACAUAGACUUUUUUCCAGUGCUCGAAGCUCAAGUAGGUAAUCAAUAAAUUUUCUCAAGAGAGGAGAAUACAAAAUCGGUCUCUCCGUCCUUUGAUGCUGUAAAUUUAUAAAUAUUAAAAUUCCGUUCAAGACUUUCCCAAAAUUCUGUUAUUUUCUUUUUUCUUCGUCAGAAAUGAGGAAUUAGGUAGGAAAUUAAUUAUUCAGAACAGAAAUUUUUAAAAAGUAAUUCAAAUAUAGAAUAGGCAACUAAGCGAAAGACAUGUUUGAAUAACUUGUUAAGUUCUAACGUGUCUUUAACUCAAAAAAAAAAACCUUCAUACCUCAACUAAAUACAAGCUUUUCUACCUUUCAUUCGGUUUUUAUUUUAAUUUCUCUGCCAGGUCUUUUCUAUAUUUUUACUUUUUCAACGUUCUGAUGUUACCUCGUACUUGAGACACACUUUUUAACUUUUCUGCAUUUGAAACAUCGCAGACUAUUUUCAACUUUUAUUCAUUAGGAGGCAAUUUUGCACUGAGAAAUUUAAAACAUUAUGGUAAAACAUUUCAAAUGCUUGCUACUAAAAAACAAAGCACAAAAAUCUGCUAGGCAAAAAUGCAGACGAUACUUUUUUGGUAGGUGCUUAACUUUAACUUCUUUAAGUGCUGUUUUAAUUGUUUUUAAUUUAGGUUUAAGAUACGUAAAAUUAAGUUUUAUCAAUUGUUGUGCCUUAUUGAUUGUGGUCUAUUUGAUAAUCAAAAUCCACACCCAACUGCCGAUCAUAGAGCUUUCAAGUGUAGAGAGCCACCUUAGUAACCUUUAGCUCUGAAUUUUCAGCUAAAGACCUCUACAUUGCAACUGUCAUUAAUUUUGUCAAUUGCGAACUGAGAACAUGUUGUUGACAACUCAAACUGUAAAAAUGGUACAUUGCAAUAAAUUUUCCUUUCAAUAUUUC